UAAUGGAUUCACAAUAAACAUAUGUUUCAGUUAGAUUACAAAGCAAAAAAUUAAAUUAGAAGAGCAAAUUAUUACCUUUGGUUUGUUCAUGGAUUAAUUUUAUAUUGUGAGUAAGGUUUUCACGAUAAUCAACACUGCUAAAUCUCGGGUGGCAUUCAAUAUUCCGCCAUUUUUCAUUUUCUCUAUCUGUCGGCGUUGUUCUUGAGAAACAUUUGUCGCAAACAAUUUGUGUGCAAAAACUAAACUAAAUAGAUAUAACAGGGUACAAACUUUGUUGAGAUAUAUACAAUUCAAUAAAUCGUAAAUUUCGUGGAAUUUUUAAAUUUGGUGCCGAAAUGAAAACAGAGGGUAAUGAUAACUCUAAUGACAGCCGAGAGAAAGAUAGGGAUCGACGUGGACGUGGAGCACGUGCAUCCAGAUUUUCGGAUGCUGACGCUGGAGGUCUUGGCAGCGGAGGUGGAGGUGGAAGCAGCAACUCUGGCGGCAAUGUUAACCGUGAUCGCAGUCGUGAGCGACGGAAUUGUCGUGUUUACAUUUCAAACAUCCCAUACGACUAUCGUUGGCAAGAUUUAAAAGACUUGUUCAGGCGUAUUGUUGGAUCUGUUGAAUAUGUAGAAUUGUUUCACGAUGAGAAUGGAAAAGCACGUGGAUGUGGAAUUGUCGAAUUUAAAGAUCCUGAUAAUGUAGAGAAAGCUUUAGAAAAAAUGAAUCGCUAUGAAAUAAAUGGGCGCGAAUUAGUUGUUAAAGAAGAUCAUGGCGAACAACGUGAUCAGUAUGGUCGCAUUGUGCGUGACGGAGGUGGGCCGGCACGAGGAAGUGGUGGUGGUGGCGCCGGUAUCGAAAUGGGUGACCGAGAUAGAGGAUUCUCCCGAAGAGAUGAUGACAGAUCUGGGCGUAAUAAUUUUAACAUGAUGUCUAAUGAUUUUAAUAAUUCAUCGAAUUACAAUUUGUAUGGGCUUUCUGCUUCGUUUUUGGAGAGUCUGGGCAUAAGUGGACCUUUGCAUAAUAAGGUUUUUGUUGCUAAUCUGGACUAUAAGGUCGAUACUAAGAAACUCAAACAAGUUUUCAAGUUGGCCGGAAAAGUACAGAGCGUAGAUCUAUCCGUUGACAAAGAGGGUAACAGUCGUGGCUUUGCUGUUGUGGAGUACGACCAUCCGGUAGAGGCUGUACAGGCUAUUUCUAUGCUGGAUCGUCAAAUGCUUUUUGAUCGACGUAUGACGGUUCGUUUGGAUCGUAUUCCAGAUAAGGGAGAAGGUUUGAAAUUACCAGAAGGACUUGGUGGAGUUGGUAUUGGACUUGGUCCAAAUGGCGAACCAUUAAGAGACGUGGCUCGCAACUUGCCCAGCAUUAUUCAACAGCAACAGAAUCAACCAAAUCAGUCAUCGUUAUCUUCACAAGCCGGAUCCAACAUCUUGGGGAACAUGGUAGCCAAUUUGGGAGGUGGCGGUAGCGGCGGUGGAGGCAAUACCGCCAUGUUUAGCAAUCAAGCAGUCCAGCCAUCUCCAGUAGCUCCAGUUGUUCAGGCAGCAGCAAAAUCUCUGGGUAACAAUGCAGCUGGCCUAAAUUUGGGAAAUUUAUCUUCCACCAAUUUGGCGGCAUUGUCGAAUGUAGUUGGAGGUCUUGGUGCCGCACUUUCCAAUCCAUUACUUACAACGUCUCUUAACAACCUGGGGUUGAAUUUGGGCCCGUCGGGUGGCGGAAAUGAAGAUUCCAUGUCUUCGGCCAAUGCAGCUUUAUCCAACAACUACAGCACAGGCGGCAACAACUAUAGUUCCGGUUUCGGAGGAUCUUCCGGUUUUAAUACAGGCAGUGGUGGAAAUUCUGGUGGAGGCUUCAACGCAUACAACAGCAGCAGUGGUAACACCGGUGGAGUUGGCGGUGCCAUGGAUGGCAACGAUUACAGCGGUAGCGGUAACAUCGAUAUGUAUAGUGGAGGUGGCAGUGGCGGAAGUAAUGCAGGCAAUACCAGCAGCAAUCCACGCAAGUCGGAUACUAUUAUUAUUAAGAAUAUUCCAUUAAGUUGCACUUGGCAAACUUUGCGGGAUAAAUUUCGUGACGUUGGCGAAGUAAAAUUCGCCGAGAUUCGAGGCAAUGAUUUAGGAGUGGUACGGUUCUUUAAAGAACGAGACGCUGAGUUGGCUAUCGCAUUAAUGGACGGUUCCCGAAUGGAUGGUAGGACGAUUAAAGUUACAUAUUUCUAAACAUACUAUAAUCACUAGCCCGUAGACGUCAUUACUAUAAAAUAAAGAUUUCUCAAUAUCCCAGCACUAUCAUUUAAAGAAUUUCGCAUGCAUAUGUGUAUUACAUGUUUUAUUUACAUAUAUAUUUCGUGUUUUUUUUUUAUAAAUAAGCAAACCUUUCACAUCAUUGACAAUUUAACAAUCUUAUCCGCAAUUGCGCAAACCGUGAUAAGAAUGAUUAAGCCAAGUAACUUCCGUUUUAACUAAAAAAUAUUUUGAGAAUUGUAUGAUUUACGAUUAUGAAUAAAAUCUAAUAAAUACAA